UGAGGCCAUUAAACACACACCGUUUCUCCAGACCCAUCUCAACAGCCAGGAGGGUCCUGGCCUUUCAACAUUACAGCAGAAGGGAUAGGCCUUUGAACAUUACACCAGCUCCCAAGAACCUGGCAGAAAGGGCAUUUCAGUACGUUCCGGGAUGAAGUGAACUGGCUAAACGGCUGACAAUAACAAGCGAGUAUUCUGAAGUCUCAGGAAGCUGGCCUGUUUAAAUGUUCGUGACCCAUGAGAAGGGCAUGUAAGAAGCCAUGGCGCUCCCCUUUCAAAAAGAGCUGGAGAAAUACAAGAACAUUGAUGAAGAUGAGCUUCUUGGCAAACUCUCAGAAGAGGAACUGAAACAGCUGGAAAAUGUUCUUGAUGACCUAGAUCCCAAGAGUGCACUGCUACCAGCUGGAUUCCGACAGAAAGACCAGACCCAGAAAGCAGCCACUGGCCCGUUCGAUCGCGAGCACCUCCUCAUGUACCUGGAGAAGGAAGCUUUGGAACAGAAGGACAGGGAAGACUUUGUGCCCUUCACUGGAGAAAAGAAAGGGAGAGUCUUCAUCCCCAAAGAAAAGCCCAUAGAAACUCGUAAAGAAGAAAAAGUGACCCUUGACCCAGAACUGGAAGAAGCUUUGGCCAGCGCCUCCGACACUGAGCUCUAUGAUCUUGCAGCUGUUCUCGGAGUACACAAUUUACUCAACAAUCCAAAGUUUGAUGAAGAAAUGGCCAGCACUAAAGGUGGCAAAGUGCCUGUGAGAAAUGUUGUCAAAGGUGAGAAGGUCAAGCCAAUAUUUGAGGAACCACCCAAUCCUACCAAUGUGGAAGUAAGUCUACAGCAGAUGAAAGCCAAUGAUCCCAGCCUGCAAGAAGUCAACCUCAACAACAUUAAGAACAUUCCAAUUCCAACCCUGAAGGAAUUUGCAAAAGCUCUGGAAACCAACACUCACAUAAAGAAGUUCAGCCUGGCUGCAACCCGUAGCAAUGACCCUGUGGCGAUUGCUUUUGCAGAUAUGCUGAAAGUAAACAAGACCUUGAAAAGCCUCAACAUCGAAUCCAAUUUUAUCACUGGGUCCGGGAUCCUGGCCCUGGUGGAGGCACUGAGAGAGAAUGACACCUUGACGGAGAUCAAGAUCGACAACCAGAGACAGCAGCUGGGAACUGCUGUGGAGAUGGAAAUUGCCCAGAUGCUUGAGGAGAAUUCAAGGAUCCUCAAGUUUGGAUAUCAGUUUACCAAGCAAGGGCCUCGCACAAGGGUGGCAGCCGCCAUCACAAAGAAUAAUGACCUAGUUCGUAAAAAGCGAGUUGAAGGAGACCGAAGGUAGACUUCUGCAAGACGAGGCUGAGUUGCACCAUGAUGGCCACUUAGAAAUAAGCAAGCGAAAACCCUUCUCCUUCCCCAUCAGGACCAUUUUAUUCAAGGGUGUGCAUUUCCGUUAACCACCUGGCUAAUAAUUUAAUUGUUGUUCUUUUUUAGCACUACUUAUUUAUCUUGGAUUUUUUAAGAUAUACAAUUGUCUCAUUUGCUCACGGGCACCUCUGGCAACUUGCACCAGUGGACCUCAGCAGACCUUUAGUGGGUAACAGCGACCGAAAAUUACUUAACCACUUUCACAUUGGUUUGCCUGGCUUUCUUACAUGAACUUUUAUUUUUUUUUAAAUCACUGAAAGGAAUUUAGUAUAUACAUGUAUUUGUAACUGUGAUCACGAUAGAGGCCUAUCUCUGUUUACAUGCAUAGCUUUGAGUUAGGCUAAAUACAUCAGAAGUACUCUUCUGACCACAUAAGAAGUUAGUAUUGCCAAUCUUUCACUGGGUGAGAAAAUGUGACCAACUUGGCACAAAUUCUCCCCCGGUUCCAGAAAAAUCACUAAAUGCACAUGUCCCACUUUUGGAAGAUCAGUGGUAUCAUCUUCCUGAAAGCAAGGCAGCAUUAUGAUACUUUAACACAGCAUCAGCAAAUAAGUCUGAAAUAGUAACCCAUGAAUAGUCUUCAAGGCAGACUUACAGGCAGCAAAAUUAAUUAGCACACUUACCUUUACUGAUUAUUCAACAUAAAUCCAUCUUUAACAUGACUCUAAUAGAUAACUUUUUACAAAGCUGUUUUAAACUUUUCCAGACGUGAUAGGAAAUUUUUAAAUUUUAGAAAGAGGGCGGCUUUUAAAACAGUACAUUCCUCAAUAAAACAAUAAUUACACCUUAGUCAAGAGUUGUCUGAUACACAUGAUUGCAUCAUUUUGGCAAAUUUUAUUUUUAUUUAUUUAUUUUUAAAGAUUUUAUUUAUUUGACAGAGAGACAGUGAGAGAGGGAACACAAGCAGGGGGAGUGGGAGAGAGAGAAGCAGGCUCCCCGCAGAGCAGGGAGCCCGAUGCGGGGCUCGAUCCCAGGACCCCGGGAUCAUGACUUGAGCCGAAGGCAGUCGUUUAGCGACUGAGCCACCUAGGCACCCCUUUUUGGCAAAUUUUAGAGGCAUUUAUUGCUUUAUCUUUAGUGUGACAAGAUUACAAAAUGAAAUGUGAGUGUUCAAGUUAUUUACACAGACAUUUGUCCAUAUGGCAUGAUCUAUCCAGAGCUUUGCAGACAUCAGGAAAAAAGUGUGAAUUAUCACUUCUCCAGAUGUGUGUCAUCUCAAGGACAAAGCCUGUGAAUGUACAACUGAGAUAAUGGCAUGUUUGUGUGCAGUAACUUUUCAUCUAGCAGAGCAACAGUGUGAUGCUAAGCUAAGGAAACACAGAACUACAGCCUUUGGCUCAAGCUCACAUGCCUUUGAUGAUAAUCAGUGCCUGAGGCUGUCAUUGGCACCCUGACCCUGCCUCAGGUACCUCUCCCUCUCUCCCUUUCUUCUCUCUUCUCCCCUCCUUCCCUUCCAAUUCUUUCUUUUUUUUCUUCUUUUGUCUGAAAUUCUGAGCCUUGUAAAGGCGACAUCCCUUGUGCUGGUGACACCCGGAGCUAAAGAGAUUGCUUACUCAGCAGAAGAUGGGCCCAAGUCCAAAUUUGUUUAGUUACUGAGUGUUCCUGAGUUGCUUGAUAGUAAAACAAGCUACUGGGAAAACAAUGAGUGCAUUAUUCUAGUUAGCUUGUAAAACACAUAGAAUCUGGUUAGGAGAGAUAACCUUCAUAAAAUUGGACAUUUACCUGUAUUAUAAGAACUCACAUCCGUAUCGCUAAAAUCCUUUGAAACAUCUCAUUUUCUUGACAAUAUUUUACAUUAUUUGAGGGAAUAAUGAGCAGAAUAUGUUGAUAUAUUUGGAAUUCUAAAAAUCCUUUAAUUAGGUUUUGACUAUAUCUCUCUCUAUAAAAACAUAGUAAAUAUCAUUUGAUAAUUUUCAGUUUGAUUUUUCCUUCCCUCUUAUUCAUUUAGGUGUGGUAUGUUGUAGCCAACUCAUACAGGCUUACUAAUUAUUAAAUUUUCAAGAAUUUUGCAAAUUCGUUGUUAAAUACAGCCAUUAUUAAAAAUUAAAUGGCAUGCACUUACAAUUAGAUUAUUUUAAAAAACAAAAAUAGUACUCAAAACUACCUUUUACUUUUCUUUGCUCUUGAGAUUAUUCAGAUCUAUUCUGUCUAUAUGACAGAAAUACUGUAUAAUGAUGAAGUUUAGGACUUCUUGUUGGUAGUUUGAACUUGGCCAUGGUGAGAGUACUUAUACUAUGGAAAUUAGCAAAUGUUACAAAGCAGGAUGUGUUCCCCCCUACUUUGCUGGUUGAUAAACAUUCAUCAGCACACCCUGUACACAGUUCUUUUUUUGUAUACAUGUUUUGGUUACCAUGUUGCCAAAAGGAAGAACCUUUCUCUUAAGUGUCUUUCUCCUCUUCCUUUAGAUUUGUUGCAGAUAUAUUGUAAGUGCUGAGUCCCUGACUUGCCCUUCAAGUAAGACUUUUUCUUUUCUUUCCUCAUUCACUCUCUUUCUUGCCUUCAGCUCUACAAAAUCUUGUAUCCUACAGAGUGUUCCCUGCAGCCCCAAGGUCUGGGGGCUAUAAAGCAGUUCCUGACAAACUGGCAGAAAGCAAGAAAAAAAAGAAUUUGAUGGUGACUGUGCUGUGGUUGUUGAUAGUAUUAAAACAAACUAGUGGUCUAUUAACAAAAUUUAGCCCUGUUUUUAGCUUGUGAAAUAGUUGGGUCACACGUAAUAGAGUUUAUAAAAUCAAAUGUUUAUUACUAAUCAGUUUAUCUUAUCAUUACUUGUUUUUUUAAAGCAGCUUGAAAGGUGACAUUUCCAUGAGUAUUCACAUAUUAAAGAUAACUAUUAGAAGAUAAACUUACAUUUUGGGGACCCUAUAAAUCAUUGAGUUAGCCCAGGACUUCAUUUCCCCAUUUGCCCAAAGUGUGUAAGUAAAGCUUUUUCAUACUCCUGCACAUGAUUAAUCCCUUACCAUCCAUCAUGGUGGGGCAUAAUGUAUAUAGAAUAUUUUUAUAUGUAUGCAUUUUGCCAAAUACUACAUUUUGAGAUAUUUGGCAACAUCUGGACAACUGAUUGAAGGGAGAUAAUCUCUCCUCAGACCACUUCCUUUUCCCCUUUUAGACUUGCACAGGCCCAUGCUAGUGUCAGAUCACACAUCAGGACAUGCAGGCUCAUAAUACCAACAUCCAUCCCAGCAUAUGUGGAAAACGACUUUGUAAGAGAGAAUUUUGGAAGUCUAGAGAUCAUAUAAUUAGUCCAGCUCUACAUCUCCCCAUCUGUCUGAAGUGUGUAAUGGAAGCUAUUUUAUCCUCAUUAACACAAUUAAAUCCUUUCCUUUCAUCUUGAUAGUGCAUAAUGUAAAUAAAUGUGUGUGCACACACGUGCGUGCACACGCUGCACACGUGUGUUGCCAAAUAUCUAAUUAUCUAAUGAGGUAUGUGGCUACAUCUGGACCACUGAUUGAAGGGAGAUGCACUCUCCCCAGCUCCAUUUCGCUUGUCCUUUUUUAGCAUUGCUGCAGGCCCAGGUUCAAUGCAGAUCACUCCCUGGAGUUGGCAGCUUAGAUUACCAACCACCAAAUUUCACAGCAUGUAUAUAAGAUAACUCUUAGGGAAUAAUUACUAGAAGCCUGCAAAUCAUUUUAUAGUUCCAGCACUAAACUCUUCAUGUGCAUAAACUGUAUAAGUGCAAGCACGUUCAUCUUCAUCAACACGAUUACGCCCCUUCCUUCCAUCUUAGUAGGGUAAGUUGUAUAUAAAUAUUUUGUACAUAAAGAUCACCAAAUACUAUAAGUGGUAUUUGACUAAAGAUGACGGAUUGAAGGGAGAUGCUGUCUCCCGGUCCCUCUUCCCUUACCCCUUUUGGAGCUGCUGCGGACCUAGGUUGGACAAUCACCAGCCUGGAGGGGCACGUGCAGCUCACCCAUCUUAGAGCACCAGUUCAUCUUACAAUAAAAGCCCAUCUCCAUUUAAAAACUCAGUAAUCAUCCCAAUGCCUAUACUCCUCAGAACAAUUUCCCUAAGGGAAGCUUGGUACAUCAAACCAAAAGAAGAGCUGCUUCUCUUCCAGACAGAAAUGUGGCCCCUCGCAGGGCACCAGCAUUAGGGAAACCAGUGUGCUCUGAAGAACUACCAUGAGAACAUUUCGGAUGCUCAAACUUGAAACCAGCGUGAAGCAUCAGCAUGCUUUAAAUGUGGGAUAGCCAUUUAAAUUUACAAAACAGUUUGCAGAUACUUCCUUUUUUCAGGGAUAUGAUGUACUUCGCCCUCUCCCAGGCAGUGUAAAGGAGACAGAAAAAGUAUACGAAUUCUGGAUUAAUACAAUUUGAUAUGUGUUUCUGGAUUUGGGGGGUAGAGUGCCUUUUUGCAAAGUGGGUACCAUCUUUUUAGUUCAAGUUUUGAUAGCAUCAGCAGAAGUGUGCAGGGGCAGUAAGUUAUGAAUACUGUGUUCUAUGGUAUGUUACCUUUACUGAGUUGGAAUUGUUUCUGGUGUCAGCUUUUAAGUCAUGAUCCUGAAGCUUCCUUCCACUCUUCCACUAAUGAUGGAAUAAUAGCUAUUUUCAUUUUAAUGAGCAGAGAACGAAAAAGAAAUGUUUUAGCUCUGCCUUCCUAUAGCGGGUUCCACUUAUUCCUCCUCACUUUGAAUAUCCCUGCCACUUACCAGACCAUCCUCAAAGCUAAAGGAUUGGGGCACAUGCAAAGGCAAGGUGUGAGAACGCUUGUCAGCAUCAGGCUGAGCCCUCUGGAUGAAAAUCACAUGAUCGGGCCUCCCGGGAACAAGCUUGAGAGAGAAGAGUACCCAGAACCUCAAGAUGGAUUUGUUUUCUUGCUCCCAACUCUAGAUUAGAUCGAAUUUUGUUUUGUGGUUCAGAAGUUAUUAAGUGGAGGGGCUGAGUGAAGCGGGAAGGAAGAUGGAAAUUAAAGGUCGCCAUUUGCUUAAGGGGAGAAGUAAGCUCUGCUCAGCUCACCGUCUUCCCAUCUGCCCAUAACAGUAGUGAUUAAACAUCCAGGAGAUGGAUGAAGGAGGUGUUACAAAGUUUAAAUUUGUAACCUGGAUCUGGGUACUGUUCUAGGAAGGCCAUACACUUAGCAGAAGUCAUCCCAGUUUUGUGAUGCAUCAUUGACUUGGGAGAGGGUGAAGGAGAUUGGACUUUUCUCUGACAUCUUCCAUGGUAGUCAUUUUGAGCACACUGGCUCUGCUAGUUGGUAUGGUGGAAGGGCACCAUACUAACAGACUCGGAGGCUGACUCCUAAUCCCAUCACCAACACUUAGCAGGUAUAUGAUCAUGGGCAAUUCAUUCAAUUGCCUGACAAUUAUAGACUACAUAGGGGGAAGAGCACUGGAUUUGGAGUCAAGACAUCUAGACACUUGGCUCCACACUAUCUUAGCUGGGUGACUUUGGGGCAAGCCAUUUAGUCACUCAAGCCUAAGAUUCUUUAGCUAUAUUAUAAUGGGAAUAAUAGCUUCAAUAACUACCUCACAGAUUUGUGGUGAGAAAAUAAUCAGAUAAUGGGAUGAAAACUCUACAGUGGAAAGGGCUAUACAAAAGUGGGACAUCAUUUUCAUCAUCUAUUCACUAAUGUUUUCUACUGCCUCUUCAAUCUGUUUUAUUUUCUUCUAACCACUGAGUAUGAGCAAUCAUAGCAUGGGUGUGAUGUAGGGGACUGGAAUUAUUUCAUUUCUAACACAGAGACGGGAGAGGUAGUUGAUGGGUGGGUGGGUGUUAUAUACCAGUGAUGUAUGUGGUAGAGCAUUUUCCUGGGUCUUCUUGACAGUACCCCAGGACGUGGUCAGGACCCUUGCAGUGAAUCUAAGGCUGGACAUAAGUGGGGGGAGGAAACAGUGAUUAAGAAUUGAGGGGAGAGUCUGGGGCAGUGCUGCCCUCCUACCAGGCUCUGUCACCACAAGGGUAGGCUAUGACCUGAGGUGUGACAGGAGACCUAGGAGAGAUUAUCCUUAAGGCUCUAACAGAUGCUUCAUAGGCUCAAGCCCUUAUAGUGAAGGGGAGAAAGUGUCACCUGUAAGAUCAGCUCUCCCGAGCAGCAACUGCCUUGUUAACACCAGCAGCAAUCUUAGCCCUAUUCAGUAUUUUUGUGCUUAGAAAGAUAUUGAAACAUGGCGUCAUGGGACUUUCAUAAGCACAUGGAUGCAGGGACUGUCUCAUCAAGCUUUGUGUCUCCAGUAGCAUCUAGUAAGGUGCUUUGUAUAUAUCAGGUGCUUCAUAAAUGUUGCUUGAGUUCAAUUGUCCUCCUGCCCCGCAAGAAUGAUGCUCCAUUGGUCAUCAUGUGCUAUUUGGAUGCCAGCUGUGUGUGACUUUGGGCAAGACUUUCCAUCACUCUUGUCUACAUUUCAUCUGUAAAAUGAAGUAGAGUGGACUAGAUGCUCUCUAAGUCCCUCCCAGCUCCCAAACUUUACAAUAAUCCUGUGAUUCUGAAGUUUCCAUUGCCUCUGAGCAUGCAUGAGUAAUGCCUCCAUUUCAGCUCCAUCUCUCUUCCGAAGGCUUUAUCCAGAGGAAGAGGUCUGAACAUUCCACAGUUACCUGUUCCUCUUCAGCGGUUUUUACUGUCUUCAGAAUAGUUCUGGAGGAGCAGCUUUCUCUGAAAGGAGAUUUUAAAAUAUAUAAUAUUUUCUCCUCAAAAUUGGUGGAGAAGAAGAGGAGGAAAUGCAAAGAAGGAAUCUGAGCACAGUAAACACAGCAUGUUUUUCAUAGGCUUUUACUUAGUGUGUGUGCGUGUGCGCGCACAUGUGUGUGUUUUUGAGCACAUAUUGAUAACAGAAGCCAGUCAGAAAUACGCUGUAACUGAGAUAAGCUGGCCCAGGUUUUAAAAUUUCCCAUGGAUGAUCUAAAUGCAAACAGAUAAGGAAUUGGCCAUAUGGUGAAAUGAGAUGAAUAGAAAAUGUGCUUUUUAAGGAAAUUUUAUUUUAGUACCAAACAUUGCCAGUGACAAUCUUUAGUUAAGAAAUAAAUUAUUCUGACCUGAAAUUCUUAUCUCUGCCAUUUUGGUUUAAAAAAAAAACCCACUAUAUUUGUGGAAUAAUAGUGAUAUUUUAAUUAAACCUUUAUCUUAAUUCUGUUUCAUCUACUCAAGGAAAGAAAACAAGCAGCAUUUUUCAUUGCAUUUAAAAAUGUAAAAUAUUUGCAUGCCACCAAUUGUAAUAUCUUACCAGUUUUGAUGCCUGUAAUGUGUGACCUUAUGUGUGUACCUGUAUUGUUUGAAGAGAACAAAGGAAAUAGUGCUUUGUAAACUGUUUAAACUUAUAUUGGCAACAUUUAUUUGGCUAAGCAGUUACUGAAAAAUUCACAUAGUUUCACUUUUCAUUUUGAAACUUUUCAAUUAAAGGUAGACAUUUAUUCAGUAGGGAAUGAAAGACUAAUUUGCUUUUUAAAUGUGAAAGUGGACAUUGUGGGAAAUAAGUGUGUGAUAAAGCAAAAUGUAUGAAGCGUGAAAUCCUCUUACCCUGAUAAUUAAUAAGAAUCCCAGCGGGCUUAUUGCACCAAAUAGGUGCAAUGUUUGACCCUUUGGAAUUAGCAAGCCAGACCUAAUGCUAAGGUAAAUGUAUACUGUUUUAAUUCAUCAAGAUCUUUCUGCUUUCAAAGAUAUGAUGUAUUCAUUUAUGUCUGGAAUGAAGUUUCCAAAUGAAAAUGUACAGAACAUUAGGAAUUAAUAAACUUUCCUUUUAAAAUGAAA